AUCAGGUGAGUUUACCUUUGAGCAUCAAAAUUCAUGAUUCUUUUUCAGUUUGUUCAUUCUUCUAGAAAAACUUUUCUUCUUUUUAAUUGUUUUUAAUCUCAAAGAUUUCAGGACAUCCGGAAGGAUUGUGAAGCUCCAAAAUCCUGAAUCGACAGAUUUAAAGAUGAAAGCUGCUUCAUUGGUACCGGUUCUGGUGCUGCUUCUGGCUCCACCGUUGACCAGCUCGGAUCUCAUCCUUCCUCUGGACUGCAGUGACAUCUACAACCACAACAACAGUGAGCCCAGUGGAGUCUACACCAUCUAUCCCAUCGGAGCCACGUCUGCUGUGCAGGUGUACUGUGACAUGGAAGCACGUGGAGGACGGUGGACGGUGUUCCAGAGCAGAAUCGAUGGCUCUGUGAACUUCUACAGACCCUGGGAUCACUAUAAGACCGGCUUCGGUUCAGCUGCAACGGAGUUCUGGCUCGGUCUGGAGAACAUUUUUAACCUCUGUUUGAGGAAGAAAUAUGAGCUUCUGGUCGUCAUGGAGGACUUUGAAGGAAACUCAGCAUUUGCGUACUAUUCCUCAUUCUUUGUUGGUCCAGAGGCUGAUGGGUACAGACUCCAGGUGACCGGUUUCACCGAGGGAGAUGCAGGAGACGCUCUGAGUGUUCACAAUGGACACAUGUUCUCCACCUUCAACAAAGACCAGGAUGGCUCCCUGGCCAACUGUGCCAGAUUAUAUUUGGGGGCGUUCUGGUACGGGGACUGUCACAACACCAACCCUAACGGUGUUUAUUCUUGGGGGGCCGAAGGCUCGAUCCACGGAGUCGGAGUGGAGUGGUCCGACUGGAAGGGCUAUAAUUACUCUCUGAAGAGCAUCAGCAUGAAGAUCCGCCCUGUGCAGUGAAUCGGCAGCUUGUACUCGAUCCCAGUCAGUAGAUUCAAUAAAUCCGAAUCUGAUGCAAAGACAAAGUCAAGUUGACUUUAAAUAAGAUGAUUUUUUUUAAAACUGUUUUUGUUUUCUGCUGUCACUAAGUGAGAAACCAGGAGUCAUCACUGCCCUCUAGUGGUCACAAUGAACUAGAAAAUAUCUGAUGAUAAUUUUGUUUUGAAUUAUAUGAGCAUGAUUUGUCAAAGGGAUUUUUUUUAUAUUUUGUUAUUAUUUUGAAAAUAUUAUGUAACUGAUGUGAAUGUUGACGUCCUUUGUUACUAAAGGAACUACACCUUAAGUCAUAGUCUGAAGAAAUUAAACAAAUGUUUUUUUUUGUUUUAAUUAAAUAAAAAAUGUACUAAACCUGUUUGUGCGCAAAUUUUUAAACCUAAAUUACAGCCACUAGUUCCAGUGUGAGGGGGUUAGAAUUUUACCGUAUCGUAGCAGGAAAUCUCAUGUUAAUUAAGAGUUAAUGACAAUAGAUAAAGCAGCAACAUCACAAAAUAGGGAACUUCUGUGAUAUUAUUUAUGUGAUAUUAUGGAGUCACAUGCCAGACACCACCAUGGAGACACGUUCAAAGAAAAGGACUAAGUUAUCUCUUUUGAGGAUUAUUAAGCCUCGUUUCCACUGAGCGCUCCGGUCCGGUAAGAGUACGAUCCAGUUAAUUCCAAGAGAGUCUGGCCACGGAGAAAAAAUAUGGUGCUGAAAAAUUAAAAGCCGGAAGUCCCUC